UUCCAGUCCAAAAUAGAUGUAAAAUUCACGUUAGCACUUAAGGUGUUCGGGGAUUAUUUUUAGUUUUAAGUGGACGUUUUGCAGGUAAAAAGGCCUUUCGAAGGGGUCAUAGUUGGGUAAAUGGCAUCAAGCGAUAACGAUCACCGCAGAGAUUCAGGAGAAAGAGGCAGUGGGGAUCGAAGAGAUGAAUCGCAAGAAAGAAGUGGAAAUCGUGAUGAUAAUGAUGAGCUUGCUUCAAAAUCUUUAAGAAUUCAAUCUAAAAGAUAUUAUGUUGAUGUCAAAGAAAAUUCAAGAGGAAGGUUCAUUAAACUUGUAGAGGGUCUUCCAAAUGGCACUAAAAAUAGAUUAUCGUUUCCAAUGUCUGUAGUGCCUGAAGUCAGAGAUAAACUUUCAAAAUUUGCUGAAUUCUAUAGCAAACUUGAUACAGAGGCUGAGCGAGAGGUUCCUGAAGAUGGAAAGUUGCAUAGUGAUGAUAUUCGAUCAGCUCAACGGAAGAUCUAUUUUGAUUUAAAAGAAAAUAAGCGUGGAAUUUUUUUGCGUGUUAGCUGCACAGCAUCGUAUGGUUCUAGUCGUCACACAAUUGCGUUACCAGCUCAAGGAAUAGAAGAAGUUCGUGAUGUAUUAUCUGAAUUUAUUGAAGAAUAUGGUCAAGAUGAAGAACCGCAUGAGACACCAGAGUUUCAAGAGAUGAGAGUAGAAAGAAAACGAUUUUAUUUUGACUCUGGGUCAAAUGACCGUGGAGCCUUCCUAAGAAUUUCUGAGGUUACAAGCAAGUAUAGAAGUUCUAUUACUAUUCCAAAGCAAGGGUUAAGCAAAUUUAAAGAAAUUCUAAGUGACGUAAUCAGCAAAAUAGAUGGUUGACCACGUUUGAUGCAUUGCGACUCUCUUAUUUUUUAUUAGUAACUUUUUAUGAUAAAAUCAUAAACAUUUAUAGUACACUUAGGCUCAUAGAUUUGCUAUACGAAAAAUAUUUCUUAAUUUAAAAAUAUUAUAUUUUCGGACAGAACGUGGAUUUUUCGCGCUAAAACUUUGAAUUAUUUUUCUAUAUAUUAAAAAAUAGCUUUUACAAAAUUUUUCGGUGUUAACUUUAAACUUAUUAACUUGAAGAUUUAUUUCGGUAAAAA